CCAGAAGUUUGAGGAUCUAGAAGUAGAUUAGCUAAAUUGUUUAAUCCUCCUAAUUGAACUACCAUAUGCGUAAGUCAGUUGAAUCGUGAAUGUCAAGUGGUACGAGAAGCUAACCUAGCCACUUGACGGAUAGUAAGGCCCGCUGGUCUCUUCUAUCGGGCUUUAGAUUUUCUUGGCCCAGCUAAGUUUAAGAGAAACCCUUAGCCCAUCUCCACUGUUCUUUUUCUCUCGAAGGGGUUAAAUUUGAGAGCGGAGACAGAGCUAGGGUUUUCGGAGUUCAGAGAACCACAGCAGCAGCAACAGGAGGAGCAAAGCGGCGACGCCAACAUCUCAUCGCCAUGGUUCUCAAGUUCGUCUCCUCCCUUUCCCUGUCUCGCUCCUUCUCUGAGCCAUUCUUUCCUGUUCUGCGGAACAUUCAGAUUGUUGAUUUUGAUUCGUAUGUUUUUGUUGACUGAUUCGGACCGAGAGCAAUGCGACUUUGAAUCGGAUUCAGGAAUUUCGAAUCGGUCUUCUUGUUCGUUUAUGCUUCCCUGAAAUUGGAAUUUCGUCCAUAUAUUCGAUAAUAACUUUGCAGAACAUAGUUCCACUGUUUUCUGUUCCAUCGCUCUAUGCGCUGCUUAGGUUUCUUUUCCAUUUCUUCUUUCUCUCGCUUUCUCAGCUUCCAUUUGCUGAUGUCGCCAUGUGCAUGUGGUUUUUGUUUUAUUACAGAACCGAGCUAUGCCGCUUCAGCGGGCAAAAGAUUUACCCGGGCAGGGGCAUCAGAUUCAUCCGUGCUGAUUCUCAGGUUUUCCUCUUUGCAAACUCCAAAUGCAAGAGGUACUUCCACAACCGCCUGAAGCCUUCCAAGCUUACCUGGACAGCUGUGUUCAGGAAGCAGCACAAGAAGGAUAUUGCUGCCGAAUCUGUGAAGAAGAAGAGAAGGACCAACAAGAAGCCUUACUCAAGGUCCAUUGUUGGUGCUUCUUUGGAGGUCAUCCAGAAGAGGAGGGCUGAGAAACCUGAAGUUCGAGAUGCCGCUCGUGAAGCUGCCAUUCGUGAGAUCAAGGAGAGGAUUAAGAAAACCAAGGACGAGAAGAAGGCUAAGAAGGCGGAAGUGACCAAGAGUCAGAAGUCCCAAGGCAGUAAGAUGCCGAGAGGUGCUGCACCUAAGGGUGGACCCAAGCUUGGUGGUGGUGGUGGAAAGCGAUGAAUAUGAUGUUCACCAACAUUUUCCCCUGGUGACUUUUAUGUACUAGUUAGUAGAAACGACUUUGAGAUGUGUUUCUAUAUUUUCGAUGUGUUUCAUCAAACAUCAGUCUUCCUUUUUAAGGGAUUUUCCAUAUGAAUAUUGAGUUCAUUUCAACCAAAGGGUUUCACUAUGUUCUUUGCUAUGGUUUGCUUAACUUACUUUUGUUCUUGGAUAGCACAUGAGCAGGCUGGCAUAGCUUUGGUUUGUGGCUUUGUCCAUGAGGUUAGAUAGGUAUUACCAGUAUUGGAUGUGUUCCUAGUCCCUAAAUGGUUUGUUCAUCAGCUAUAGAACUGCAGUAAUAUUUUCCAUUACCAUUAUGUUAUCAGGUUGGGAUGACUAAGUGAAAGAUUAUAGUAGAGCAUCCCUUUCUUGUGCAGCUAUUUGACAGGCUAAGCUUAUUAUUAUGAAUCAAAGAGAGACGACCAUUUUUAGGAUUUCACAACUCUUUAGGGGUCGUUUGGAUUGAGUAUUUGAUAAACUUGUUGUUUGGGGCCAAUUACCACACAAAUACCACAUAAUAUAAAACUUGUUAUUUG